CCCGCAUCCUGCCCUCCCCCCUCCUCCUCCUCCCACCCCAAGCUCGCACGCCGUCAGCGAGCGAGCUCGAUCCGCCGCCUGCCCCGCGCGCGUGGCCUCUGCGGCGAUCUUGGAGGCGGCGCUAGCUAGCUGCUCCGGACUGGCUGGCUGGCUGCCCGGCCGGGGGCUCGAUCUCCAAGGAGACGAGGGCGGGAGCCAGGCAAGUGAAGAAGUGAGGCGAGGCGAGGCGAGGCGGGGCGAGAUGGACCUGGUGCCGCACCCGGACAGCCCGCACUCGGACACCAGCGGAGGCGGCGGCGGCGGCAUCGGCGCGUCGGGCGCGCUAGCGCUGUCGCCGGCGGCGGGCGCGUCGCCGGCGCUGGCGGCGUCGCCGAGCCGGUACGAGUCGCAGAAGCGCCGGGACUGGAACACGUUCGGGCAGUACCUGCGGAACCACCGCCCGCCGCUGUCCCUGGCGCGGUGCUCUGGCGCGCACGUCCUCGAGUUCCUGCGCUACCUCGACCAGUUCGGCAAGACCAAGGUGCACACCCCGGCCUGCCCCUUCUUCGGCCACCCGGCGCCGCCGGCGCCCUGCCCGUGCCCGCUCCGCCAGGCCUGGGGCAGCCUCGACGCGCUCGUCGGCCGGCUGCGCGCCGCCUACGAGGAGAACGGCGGGCGGCCCGAGAACAACCCCUUCGGGGCGCGCGCCGUCAGGCUCUACCUCCGCGAGGUCCGGGACCACCAGUCCCGCGCGCGUGGCGUCAGCUACGAGAAGAAGAAGCGCAAGAAGGCCCCGGCGCACCCCGUCCCCGCCGCCGUCAUCUCCUCCUCCUCCUCCUCCCACGACGGCAACGGCCACUCCCACCACUACGAGCACCAGAUGCCGCCGCCGCCGCCGCCCGGCGCCGCGGCGUGACCGCCCUGGGCCGAGAAACGCCGGAGCUGCUCGCGAGGCCGCACCCCCGGCCCACCCCAUGUAUGCUACCGCAUGCCCUACUCGAUCGCUCGCUCGCUCUCUAGGUAGCGGAAGCUCCUCGAUCAUCUACUAUUACCAUCAUGGCCUCUCUAGUUCUUGGCUUCUUGCUGUUACUACUAUCUAUCCAUCUGUAGCUAUAGUUUAGCUGCCACUACUGCUAGCACAGCUACUGCUGCUACAAAUUAGUUCCUAUAUAUUUCAUAUGCUUUGCUGCUGGUAUUGCUACUGGAUCAAACUACUUCUACUGCCUCCUAAUUAGGUCAGUUCUCGAUCUGAUCAUUUCCCAACUCUUGAUGAAUCGAUCUGCUAUUUUCUGGUAGUUCCUCCACCCAUCUGUAAUGCCUCCUGCUGCAGUUUUGAACUUGUGAUGAUAUGCUAGCUUGCUCCAUGCUUGAUGGCUUUGGAAUUUUAAUUAAUCAGCCGGCGGCUACUACUCGGUCGAUUUGGUGAAAA